UGGCCCAGACUGUGCCGGCUGCGGCAACGCCUGUCCGGCCCGGUCCACCUUAGCUCCCCGGGCCGGGGAUGGGGCUGCCGGCGGCGAGGGAGGGCGGCCGGCGGCGGGCCGCGGGGACCAUGGCAGAGAGCAAUGCAGACUGGAUGGGUUCACUACCGGCGGCGCUGCGUUCCUAUCCGCUGUCUAACUUGGCCAUCCCGGGGUCACACGAUUCGUUCAGCUACUGGGUUGAUGAGAAAUCUCCUGUGGGACCAGAUCAGGCCACAGCCAUCAAACGUUUGGCCAAGAUUUCUUUGGUUAAAAAGAUCAUGAAGAAAUGGUCAGUGACUCAAAACCUGACUUUCAAAGAGCAGUUGGAAGGUGGCAUCCGCUACUUUGACCUUCGUGUCUCGUCCAGACCCGGGGAGAUGGGACAAGAGAUUUACUUCAUCCAUGGCUUGUUCGGCAUCAAAGUGUCGGAUGGACUGAAGGAGAUUAACGCCUUUCUUGAGCAGCACCCUAAGGAAGUCAUCUUCUUGGAUUUCAACCACUUCUAUGCCAUGGAUGACAGCCAUCACUUCUUCUUGGUCAACAGAAUCCGCUCAGUUUUUGGAUCCAAGCUUUGUUCUGUUGAAUGUGUGGAGUAUGUCACGUUGCAGUAUAUGUGGGAGAAGAAACAGCAGGUUCUCAUAUUCUACCACCACCCUUCGUAUGAGGAAUACCCCUUCCUGUGGCCAGGGAAUAAAAUGCCAGCACCAUGGGCCAACACAACCAAUGUCCACAAACUGCUGCAGUUCCUGGAGACCACUCUGGAGGAGCGGAGUCGCUAUGGAACCUUCCAUGUUUCCCAAGCUAUCCUCACCCCGCGAGUGAAAACCAUUGCACGCCAUCUGGUCCGUGGGCUGAAGAACACGCUCGUUCAUAGGAAUCUCCCCAUGAUUUUGAACUGGGUGAAAACACAAAAACCAGGUGUUAUGGGUGUUAACAUAAUUACCUCAGACUUUGUGGAGCUGGUUGACUUUGCUGCUACAGUCAUUGCACUAAAUGACCACCUUCUAGAAGAGGAUGAAUCUGCUACUACAUCCUGAUGGGUGUGUCCCACUCCUCCUCCUUGGACAUCUUCAAGCUACACUAGAUGUUUUAUUUAUGAAGUGAAACCUGUUGUAAUCUGUGUUUAUUUACAAGCAUUCUAGAGGCAGUGUGGUUAAACAUCACAGGAGGGUCCCUUCUCCCCGGGAUUUGUGGCUCUGAGUGGAGCAGAACAGGCUUCGCGUGCCUGUCCACAGCUACCUGUUGAAGCCAUGAACACAUCUGCUGUGGCCUGGCUGCUGUAAACCUGCCAAGGAGAGGCUGGCCUCUGAAGCAGAUGUACCCAGUGUCCCCCUGGUGACUGGGCUCACCCUGCCCUUCAUGUGUACCCUGCUGGUUCUUCAAUGCCAGGGCUCCAACCAGGAUGGCCACUGAAUCCUUGGCAGCAAUGUGGCCAGGCUUGUCAGGAUGUUAUUGGUCUCUGGCAGCCUCUGGUGGAGCUGGGCUUAGCUGGAGGCUCCUGCUGGGUCCACCAUGCUAUUUCAGACACUACCUCUGACUUGAUUCAAG